AUGAAUUUUGCAAUAAAUACAAAUAAAUUUGGUUUAUGUCAUUUAUUCGUCACAAAUUUAUCUUCAAAAAACAAUUUCCCUUCACAUUUUACGUCAACAGUAUUUUUUUCUACGGCUCCUGAAACUCGGAAGGAUUAUUAUAAAGUUCUUGGGGUGCCAAGAAGUUCUUCAAUUGAAGAAAUUAAAGAAGCGUUUUAUAAACUUUCAAAGAAGUAUCAUCCAGACAUGAAUCCUGAAAACAAGGACAAGGCUUCCAAAUAUUUUCACGAGGUUUCUGAAGCUUAUGAAAUUUUGGGUUCAAAAGAAAAAAGACGUGCUUAUGACUCAUUAACUGCCGAAAUGCCUACAAAAAUAUUUAAAGCUACGCAUCAUCAAAGAACAAAAGCAGGUGAAAAACAGCAAAGAAAAUGGGAAAAAGAUUGGAGUGAUUUGGAUAUUGACUAUAAAGAUUUUGAACAUUUUCAAAACAUGAGCAGAAAAAAGAGGAUGUUUCAUGGUUCAGCGACAAACACUUCAGAAAAUUUUUGGGCUGCACAACACGAGGCCGCUUCUAAUUACCGAAGUAAUUUAGCUAGAGAACGUGAAAUACGAGAGAGACAAUUGCAUUUACAAUUUGAAGAAAGAAGGCGCCGAGAAGAGCAUCCAAUGCCUACAUUCGAGAAGUUGAGGUUGCAAUCAGAAAAAUUAGAACAGGAAGAAAGGAAAAAAAGACUUUAUAAAUAUUUGAGUUUAUUACCUUUUUCCAUAAUUUUUCUAAUUUGUAUGGGACCAGGAAUAGCUAGAAGGGGGUUUUAG